AAAUUUACCCACUUCAGCCGGGCGGCGACAAAGCCUGUCAGCUCUCUGACAGCUCAGUACUGUAGUGACACUUGGAGACGUGUCAUCGGCCCUUUAAAAAAAAAAACUGUUUAGCACUCGUUUUCACUUAAUGCGGCGACUGGAGCAUUCGUUCUUAAUCCCAGAGUAUGUUUUGGCCUGUUUCACUUUUAUUUUUCAACGAGCGACCUCAUUAGCUCACUAAAUAGCUUUGCCGAACUAGCGGCUGGAUAGCCGACUAGCAGCAGGGAACCUCCCAGUAGUAUCAUGGCUAGCGAGAAUUAGCCACUCCAUUCACUGUGACAUCACUUUGGGAAGCUAACGUCACUUGUAGCUCGCUGUCCCUUGUUUACAUGAACACCGGUCACCUGGGGUGCUCUGUGGGCAUGUGAUGGUUGUAACAACACAGGAUGAACUACAGAGCAACCGGGUUGUAAAUACGGACAUGGAACUUGGAGGUAGUUAACGUCGGCAUCUCAGAGCCAUUUCUCUGAGAAGAUGACCUGGACUCUAAAGGAGGACAGCUGUGCCAGCUCCACUGUUUGACUUUGUGUGGGCGCUGGACGGAGAGCAGGAGCUUUGUUUGUCCCUAUUAAAAGUUUAUCGUGAUGCAAGGCUACAUGAGGACAACUGGAAACAAACAGUGCUGGGAAUCGCUCUCUGCUUCUACCACAGGGAUGAUGUGGAAAACUCUCCUGGUCGUCAGUCUUUUCUGCUGGGGAAAAUGUCAAGACAGCCAGAAUAUGACACCCGAGGAAAAGGGCGUAAUCAGGGACCAGAUUGUUGAAAUGUUUGAUCACGCUUAUGGCAGUUACAUGAAAUAUGCCUAUCCGGCUGAUGAACUGAUGCCUCUAAGCUGCAGAGGGAGAGUGCGAGGCCAGGAGCCCAACAGAGGGGACAUAGAUGACUCCUUGGGGAAAUUUUCUCUCACUCUGAUUGACACCCUUGACACACUGGUGGUGUUAAACAAGCUUGAUGAGUUUGAGGAGGCAGUGAAGAAGGCUGUGAGUGAUGUACGCCUCGACAACGAUGUGGUGGUGUCAGUGUUUGAGACCAAUAUCAGAGUUUUAGGUGGGCUUUUAGGGGGCCAUGUGAUGGCUGACCUCCUACGGCAACGUGGGGAGAGGAUGCAAUGGUAUCGUGACGAGCUCCUACAUAUGGCCAAAGAGCUGGGCCAUCGAUUACUGCCUGCCUUUAACACCACAAGUGGCCUUCCCUAUCCUAAGGUGAAUCUGCGCUACGGCGUCCUAAACCCGCUUUCCCGGACAGGCACUGAGUCCGACACCUGCACAGCAUGUGCAGGAACAAUGAUCCUGGAAUUCGCUGCCCUCAGCAGACUGUCAGGAAACUCUGUGUUUGAGGAACAUGCAAGGAAAGCUCUGGAUGUCCUCUGGGAGAGGCGACAGAGGGGAAGUGACUUGGUGGGGACUGUCAUCAAUAUCCACAAUGGAGAAUGGGUCCGGAGGGACAGUGGAGUUGGCGCUGGCAUCGAUUCAUACUACGAAUACCUGAUGAAGGCCUACAUUCUUCUCGGAGACAACGUCUUUCUGGACAGGUUCAACGUUCACUACAGUGCCAUUAUGAAGUACAUCAGUCAGCCUCCUCUGCUGCUCAAUGUACACAUGCACAACCCCACAGUGAGUGUGCGGAGCUGGAUGGACUCUCUCCUGGCAUUCUUCCCUGGCCUGCAGGUUUUGCGAGGGGAUCUGAAACCAGCCAUUGAAACUCAUGAAAUGCUUUACCAAGUAACCAAACAGCACAAGUUUCUUCCAGAGGCUUUCACUACAGAGUUCAGAGUUCAUUGGGGUCAACACCUACUGAGACCAGAGUUUGCAGAAAGCACCUACUACCUCUAUAAGGCCACUGGCGACCCCUACUACCUCAGAGUGGGACAAUCCAUAGUGGAAAAGCUCAAUGCCUAUGCCAGAGUGCCUUGCGGGUUUGCUGCUGUGCAAGAUGUCCGCACAGGGACACAUGAAGACAGGAUGGACUCGUUUUUUCUGGCUGAGAUGUUUAAAUACCUGUACCUAAUGUUUUCUGAGAAGAGUCACCUGCCAAUUGAUAUGGACGGCUACAUUUUCACUACAGAGGCUCACCUACUGCCUAUAUCUCUCUCCACCACUCAGCCACCUUGUCCAGGAAACGAUACGGAGACUGUUCGUAUUUCUCAAGAAGAUCUGUUUACACACUCCUGUCCCAGCACUGACACGUUAUUCCCAAACAACCCGUCAUUUGCCAAAACCAUCAGGGACGGCUACAAGUACCUCACUGGGGUGGGACGAGCCUUCCACCCUUUACCCAUCAGGGAAAUUGAACUUCCACUCCAUGAUAAUGGCAUGGAGCCAGUGGAGUUCUUUAAAAGCAUGGGCAUUUCUCUCACUCCACUGAACGAAGCCAAUAUGGGAGACACUGGAAGGCUUAAGGAGCAUAAAGGAGUUUACCGGGUAAAACUUGUAGCAGAAUUGAGCCAGGCACCAGAGGAGGAGGUUGUGGUGCCUCAUGUUGUUCAGCUCAUAUCCCCGCCAUUUCUGGGAAGGACGGUCCUCACUGCAGGACCUGCCAAAUUUGGGAUGGAUCUCACCAAGCAGGAGCAUGGGGUGAAGGGCAGCAUAGUGAAAGCUUCUCCCUACACUGCGUGUGGACCCAUAGACAAUGCAGCGGGCCUAAAAGGCCACAUCGCUCUAGCACUGAGAGGUGACUGCAUGUUUGCUGCAAAGGCUCGUUGGCUACAGAAGGCAGGAGCCAUAGGAGUUAUUUUCAUAGACCACCGUGAAGGAAGCAACAGCGAGGAAACCCCUCUCUUCCAGAUGGUUGGAGAUGGCGACUCAACUGAAGACAUCACCCUGCCUUUAGUCUUCCUGUUCAGCCGUGAGGGUGCCGUGCUCACAGCUGCCCUGGAGAAACAUCACAACGUGGAUGUGCUGCUGCUGCCCAAAGAGCGGCAGCUCGGACGUGAUAAAAUGGAACGCGUCAGCAUGAACUUAAAAUUCCGCCUGGCAGAGGAGGGGGAGAUGGAGGGGGGAGCAGCUAGCGGCCCCACCCUGGAGUUUGUCUUGGAGAAUGACGAGGUGCUUCUUAAGGAUGAAGGAGAAGAAGAGCUGAGAGAAAAACAGCAGUCAGAACAGCAGCAGUCAUGCACAGAGGAGAGUGACAGGACUCAACCCUCCCAAAUCCCAGGCUCUUAAUGUCGGACCAAACACAAAUCCACGAGCUGUGCGGAUCCCGAACUUUGCUGCCACUGGUAUCUUGUCAGGUUCUGGAUGGAGUGUGCCUCAGAGCCCCUCACUGCCCUACAGCACAGGGAGCCCUCACUGACACAGCUGGCAUGUUUACGCCUGCCUUGAAGGGUCUAUAUUUACCUUUUAAAAGGAUAGGUUUAGGUUUACACAUUAACAGCCUAACCUGUAGUUUUUGCUCCUGUGGGCCUAUAUAAAGUACAUCCAGAGGAAACUGUAGAUAAGGGUCCAAAAAUGUCCUCAGCUACGGUUGUUAUGCAAUGCAGUGAAUUUUUAGUGUAUAUUGCACCUUUUCACUUUACAAGUACUGUUUAAGCAUUCAUUGAUAGAGAGUAGAAUAUUACAUGGUCAGUAGGUGGUGUUAGCUACCAGAGCUUUUCAGUAAUGUAAUGCUGGUUAUUGAAGAACAGGAAGUUGGGCUAAUUUAAAAACUAUUUUCUUUCUUACUGGAAAUCAACUUCAGGGAAUUUUAAGAGUGAAUACAGUUUGCAUUGAUGAAGUGCGCGCGUGUGUGUGCGUGUGUGUGCGUGUGUGUGUGUGCGCGCAUGUGUGCUCUGCUUUUAUGCUAUUAUGUGAGCAGUGUCUGUCCGUGUGCAUGUGUAUGUGUAAUGACUAAGAAACCCUUGAAGGCAUCUCAGUUAAAACAAAAAUGUAUCCGUCUUUAUGAAGUCAGAAAGCCGGUACGAUUUACCAUCAUGAAUCUUUUAAAGUUCAGCUUUCUAACCCAAAAAUAGUCACACGGUUAAGUUGUAAUCACUCACGUUUUCUUAGAAACACUGAAACUGUGAUCAAAGGCGGUUUUCAUGCAAGCAGACACCCCUGGCUUCAGGUGCAGCAUCAAGGAUUUUUCAGGCUGCUUUGCACUUUGAGACUUACAUUUGUUUAUGGUCAAAUGUAGUAACUAAUUAUGGUCAUUUUUUUUAUUGCAUUUUCACUGUGUAACAAUCGAUUCUUUGUAUCUUCCUUUAAAUGCCAAAUUUUUUGCAAUGCUACUUUCAAAACCAUGCAAAUUGUCACGUUUAUGAGCAAGUAGAUUUGGUGAGUUUUUGGAUCAUCUAACAUUUACCGGAGCGGAAAAAGCCGACUGAAUCCUUUAUCCCAGCGUAUGACUGAAAUCUAUAGUGGAUGCAUUUUGCAUAAAUUUACAAGCUGCCGUUCUGACUCUCACACACUACUUGCAGACUCACCUGUUUUACA